AUGGCGCGCGUCUAUGCAGAUGUCAAUCAGCAGAUGCCCCGAUCUUACUGGGAUUACGAUAGUGUCAAUAUUACCUGGGGAGUUCUGGAGAACUAUGAAGUUGUGCGAAAGAUUGGACGUGGGAAGUACUCGGAGGUCUUCCAGGGUAUCAAUGUCAUCAACUAUCAAGAGUGUGUUAUCAAAGUGCUGAAGCCGGUCAAGAAGAAGAAGAUAAAGAGAGAAAUCAAGAUCUUGCAGAACCUCUCAGGAGGCCCGAAUAUUAUCGGCUUGCUGGAUGUCGUUAGGGACCAACAAAGCAAAACGCCGUCCCUGAUCUUCGAAUAUGUCAACAAUACCGACUUCAGAUCGCUCUACCCGAAAUUCGUCGACUACGAUGUUAGAUACUACAUCUUUGAACUUUUGAAGGCACUUGACUUUUGUCAUAGCAAGGGAAUUAUGCACCGCGAUGUCAAGCCUCACAAUGUCAUGAUUGAUCACGAAAAGAGAAAGUUACGAUUGAUCGAUUGGGGUCUUGCAGAAUUCUACCACCAAGGAACCGAGUACAACGUCCGAGUGGCUUCAAGAUAUUUCAAAGGUCCAGAACUACUUGUCGACUUCCAAGAGUAUGAUUACUCUCUCGACAUGUGGUCAUUGGGAGCUAUGUUUGCCUCCAUGAUCUUCCGCAAGGAGCCUUUCUUCCAUGGAAACAGCAACUCAGAUCAACUCGUCAAGAUUGCCAAGGUUCUUGGUACAGAGGACCUUUUUGACUACCUUGAUAAGUACGAGAUUGAGUUGGAUGCUCAAUACGAUGAUAUCCUCGGUCGAUUUCCAAAGAAGAACUGGCACAGUUUUGUCAACUCCGAAAAUUCGAGAUUUGUUACCAAUGAGGCUAUCGAUUUCUUGGACAAGCUGUUGAGAUAUGACCAUCAAGAACGAUUGACCGCUAAGGAAGCAAUGGCUCAUGCAUUCUUCGCCCCAGUCAGAGAAGCCGAGCAACGUGCUCGUAUCACCCCUGGAACUGCCUCUGCCUCUUGA